AUGCCGGCGAAACGUUUGGGAAUGUACCACGCCCACGGUUUAACUUUAGAAAUUAACAUGCAGACAAUGGACUCCGUACUAGGUUAUUUGACCCGACGCUUAGCCGUCGAGACCCGUGUGCCUUUGUUAACUGACGUCAAACUAACUCGACUUCUCGUGGAUGCUCUCUGGAGGCGACAUUUUGAUCCGAAUGGUCGUUCAUCUCCGUCAUUUACACAAAAAAAGCAUUCACUCGAGAAUGGACACUUGGUAGCUGUAAACCGGCAUCCCCGAGUACAUCUUUCGCCCUUCCACUGCCUUACUUUACGACGCCUGUUCCGCCUUCCUGGACUUAUCGAUAUUCAUGUGCACGUCAGGUAUGGCUGCUUAAGUAGAUACCUAAAAUUUGCUGAGGCGUAG